AUGUUCAUCGCAUCCGUCCACUGUUUCUUCGGGCGUCCAUCGGGUUAUACAGAGAGUAAUGAUUCUGUCACUAGGACGACACUGGAGGAUUUCACUGUUUCUCCCGAUUGGAUCCCUUUUCCAACUAAUUUGGCUUUUCGUGUCCAUGAAAUCCGUAAACUCUUCAGCAAUGUUGAAGUAAACGGGUCGGGAGUCUCGGACCUACGUCGACUUGGAAGUAGCAUACAAGGCUGUCAAGUCGUGGCUAUUCGAACUUGUAUGGAAUUCGAAUCCGAGCACCUGUGUCUUCUCGAAAAGCUUUGCGAAAAACCAAUCAUCCCAGUAGGCUUACUCGCUCCUCCUCCAUCACCAGACGACGUAAAUGACACUAAUCAUGAAGAGUGGAUGAGGAUGAAGGGAUGGCUUGACAGACAAGAGCAAAAAUCAGUGGUUUAUAUAGCACUGGGAAGUGAAGCAACAUUAAGUCAAUCAGAAAUAACUGAGUUAGCUCUUGGUUUAGAGUUAUCCAAGUUAGCAUUUUUCUGGGUACUAAGAUCGACCGAGGAGAUGUUACCGGUAGGAUUUGCGGAAAGGAGUAGAGGAAAUGGAUUUAUGUGGUUCAGUUGGGCACCUCAAAUGAGAAUAUUGGAACACCCAUCAAUAGGAUGUUUCUUGAAUCACUGUGGUUGGAGUUCUGUGAUUGAAGCACUUGGGUUCGGUUGUCCUUUAAUCUUGUUGCCGAUGAUAAAUGACCAGCCAUUACAUGCAAGAACACUGGUGUGGAAAGAGAUUGGGUUAGAGAUUGAAAGAAAUGAACAAGAUGGGACUUUUAGCAGAGAGUCAGUUGCUAAGUCAUUGAGGACAGUAAUGGUAGGUGAAGAUGGUGAAAAAUACAGAUUUAAAGCUAGAGAAUUGAAACAAGUGUUUGGUAAUAAGUCACUAAAUGAUGGAUAUGUUGACAGAUUUUCGCAAUAUCUCAGGGAACAUAGACGGACCUCGCCAAAUUAG